UAAACAAAAUGGAUGCUGAAGAAUUUAGGAAGGAAGGUAAAAUACUAAUAGAUUACAUCGUAAACUAUUUGGAAAACAUACGAGAAAGGCGUGUUUUUCCUGACAAGAAACCUGGCUUCAUCGGCGAACAAAUACCCGACUCAGCUCCUAUAGACGGUGAAAACUGGGCUAAUAUUUUUAAGGACGUUGAAAAAAUCGUGAUGCCUGGGGUAACUCACUGGCAGAGCCCCCACAUGCAUGCCUACUUCCCGGCACUAAACAGUUACCCUUCAAUGUUAGGAGAGAUGAUCACAAAUGCAAUAAAUUGUUUAGGAUUCACUUGGGCCUCCAGUCCAGCAUGCACAGAACUGGAAAUGAUGGUGAUGAACUGGUUAGCGAAAAUGAUUGGGUUACCCGACGAUUUCCUGCAUAAAAAAGGGGGAACGGGAGGAGGAGUCAUACAGACAACAGCUAGUGAAAGCACGCUCAUCAGCCUCCUAGCAGGUCGAUACGUCGCCUUGAAGCUCUAUAUGGACCUCUAUCCAGACGCCAGUAAACACGAAAUCCAUGGAAAACUGGUAGCUUACUGCUCUGAUCAAGCACAUUCCAGUAUCGAAAAGGCAGCCUUGAUAGGUCUUGUAACAUUACGAUAUAUCGAAUCAGACGAAAACUACUCGAUGAGGGGGCAGGAUCUUCAAAAUGCUAUAAAGGAAGAUAGGGACAAUGGUCUUAUUCCGUUUUGGGUGUGCGCUACUUUGGGAACCACAGGCUCAUGUGCAUUUGACAAUUUAGACGAAAUUGGAGCGGUGUGCCAAAAGGAAUUGUUAUGGUGUCAUGUCGACGCAGCUUAUGCAGGAUCUGCUUUUAUUUGUCCAGAACACAGGGUUUGGUUGAAGGGAAUAGAUAAAGUGAACUCGAUAGCAUUUAAUCCUUCAAAAUGGUUGAUGGUUCAUUUUGAUUGUACGGCUAUGUGGGUUAAAAAUAGUGGUGCUUUACAUGGUGCAUUCAACGUCAACCCUCUUUAUUUAACACAUGAAUACUCAGGUUUUGCGAUAGACUUUAUGCAUUGGCAAAUUCCUCUGAGCAAGAGAUUCCGUGCUCUGAAGCUGUGGUUUGUUAUAAGAAACUAUGGAAUAAGUGGAUUGCAAGAGCACAUCCGCAAGGGGGUCCGUUUGGCUGAAAAAUUUGAAUCUUUACUCCGAGGCGAUAAUCGAUUCGAAAUACCAUGCCCUAGGCACCUUGGUCUGGUUGUUUUUCGACUAAUUGGAGACAACGUCAUAACAGAAACCCUAUGGAAAAGAAUAAACGCCAGAGGAAAGAUUCACUGCGUACCGGCAAGUUUAAAAGGAAAAUAUGUAAUAAGGUUCACGGUUACCUCUCCGAGGUCAACUGUUGAAGAUAUAAUCGUAGCUUGGAAAGAAAUUGUUACAGUUGCUGAUGAUUUACUAAAGGAAAAAGCUGCAAUUUCUGCUAGAUCGAAAGUUCCACUUGCGGAAACGCGUGAUAAAAAUGAAAACUUCGGUACCAGUCUCCUCUUGUCUAAUAUUCCCACUUCUCCCAAGAUAGUCAACGGUUCAUUUGCAGCUAUAUAUGAUCAAGGAGACGUACUGGAUGAAUUUUUGAAGACCAUUCGACUUAGAAAAGAUGCCAAAGAUAGUCCAGCAAUGAGAAGAAGAAUAAAAGGGAUCUUGAUGUCGGGUAAGCAGUUUUCGUUGGAUUCCAGAUUAGAUCUCUUUCACGGGAUCGAACCUACCAGUCGAUCUGAAACUAGUGAAAAGCUGCCAUUGCUCGAAGACACGAACGAAACUGAAGACACUAGCUGUGCAGAAAGCGAUUUCGAGUGUCUUCAGUCGCCUGUUAGUGAACCGUUGGACCUUCCAUACCACAGCCAAAACAGAUCCAAAUCAGUCGAUCAACAAGCGGUCAACUUUAUCGAAAUGAAACAAGUCUGCACAAAGUGUGGUCAUUUUGUUAAUGGUUUGCCAUUGAAAGAGGAGGAAUCAAAUUAAAGUCUAGUAUAUUUAAAAUUGUUUCAUCUGUAAAGAGUAGCAAACUUGAUAGUAACUAUUUUUAUUUCGGUGCAACGAAUAUAUAUUUUAGUUGUUAUUAAACAUUGAGCUACCUUUCAACAUAGUGCAGUGGAGCUAUUAUAAAUUUAAUACUUUUGUCUUCGACAAAUCCUACACAACCGUAAAAAGACAACAUAGGGAGUCAAACGUGGCAAAUGCGUAUUGCAUAUAUUAUACACAGAUAAAGAUAGCUCCAAAAUGGAAGAUGGCGCAUGAUGCAGGUUAUACGCCAGAUCAUUAAACCUUAGUAUAAAAUGGGGUAUGGGCAAAAAUGCCAGCGUAGUUCACCCUGAACUGGCUGGUAUCCAGGGGCGGCUCGUGAUGGUAUAAGGUGGUGAGGCACACUACACCUGAGGAAUUUUAUUAUUAGGGUUAGCUUCUUUUUAAUGGCCAGAAGGUCGAUUUUGUGACGUUAUAACGCUAGGACGAAUCUAGGACCAAUAUUCCCGGACAAAAAAUUCUCACAAAUUAUCCCUGGACAAGAAAUCCCCAGACAAAUAAUCUCCGGACAAAUAAUCCCCGGACAAAAAAUCCCCACAAAAAUCCACGGACAAAUAAUCCCCGGACAAAAAAUCCCCACAAAAAAUCCCGGACAAAUAAUCUACAAAAUUUUUUUAUUCAAAAUGUCCCCACAAAGAAUUCCGGAUAAAAAAUCCUCAAGAAAUAUUUGCUGUCGAUUAGUUCUCUAAAACUUUUCCAGUGAAUGUGAUCGACCCAAAUGCUUUCAGCUUCAGUGCAUAGAGUUAUUUUGAAUUCCAAUUCCAUAUUGAAAACUUCAAAUUUUACAUAACAAAAGAAUGUUCGCUUUUCAAAAAUAGUGGAAGAUAUGGGGAAUGACCUAAUAGGUCUGGAUCCCGCGUAUGAAUAAAA